AUACCUCAUCUGUAGAGAGAGAGAGAGAGAGAGAGAGAAAAAAAAACUCCUCUCAGUUACCACCGUGAAAGUUGUGGUGCCUCUGGCUAAUAUGGAGAGUCUAUGAUUCCGUAUUGGCAGAGAUAUAAAUUGCUUUAUUUUUCUCACAGAGUGCGAUGUAGUUCAACCUCACCUCCCAGAGUGAGCUAUUUGUCAAGAUGACAGCGCUUACACCUUUGAACCGAGCCGUACUUGGACUUGCGUGGAGCUGUUUGAGUUUUCUGUCCUGCGCUCAUUGCGGCUUAAGUGACAACCAUGUGCACUCCAGUUUUAUUUACAGGAGGUUGCGCAAUCACGAACGCAGGGAGAUCCAGAGAGAGAUCCUCUCCAUCCUGGGCUUGCCUCACCGUCCGAGGCCCUUCUCUCCCGGGAAGCAGGCGUCCUCCGCGCCGCUCUUCAUGCUCGACCUGUACAACGCGAUGGCCGUGGAGGAGGAGGUGGGGGAGGUGGAGGGGGUGGGGGUGGGGGUGCAGCAGGGCGCAGGGAAGAGCUUCAGUGCCAAGGCUCAAGGGCACUCCAGGAAAGGUUACUACAGCCCCCAGCAUGCCGGGUACUCCCGUGUGGCACAGCCUUACCGAGCGGCCCCUCUGUUAGGCCACAGCCCCGCACUCACCACAGCGCACGACACCAACUUUCUGAAUGACGCCGACAUGGUGAUGAGUUUUGUCAAUUUAGUGGAGAAAGACAAAGAUUUUUCCCACCAACGAAGACACUACAAGGAGUUCCGUUUUGAUCUGACUCAGAUCCCAGAUGGAGAGGCGGUGACUGCUGCAGAGUUUCGGAUCUAUAAGGACCGCAGUCAUGCCCGCUACGACAAUAUCACUCUGAAGGUUUCCAUAUAUCAAGUCAUCAAGGAAUAUCAAAACAAAGAUGCAGAGACGUUCUUGCUCGACUCCAAGAAGGUCCAGGCGUCGGAUGGGGGCUGGCUGGUGUUUGACAUCACGGCAACCAGUAACCACUGGGUGAUGAACCCACAGCAGAACUUGGGCCUGCAGCUCUGUGUGGAGACAGUAGAUGGACGAAGUAUCAACAUAAAAUCUGCUGGAAUCAUUGGGAGGAACGGGCCUCAGUCCAAGCAGCCCUUCCUGGUUGCUUUCUUCAAGGCCAGCGGGGUGUUACUUCGCUCUGUCAGAGCUGCUGGUGGGAAGAAAAAGAACCACAAUCGCAAUAAAUCCACCAAUCAGCAAGAAUCAUCUAGGGCGCCAAAAACUGGAGAUUACAACACCAGUGAACAGAAGCAAGCCUGUAAGAAGCAUGAACUUUAUGUCAGCUUUCGAGAUUUGGGCUGGCAGGAUUGGAUCAUUGCACCUGAGGGCUAUGCUGCUUUCUACUGUGACGGUGAAUGCUCGUUUCCACUCAACGCACACAUGAACGCAACAAAUCAUGCGAUUGUGCAAACCCUGGUCCAUUUAAUGUUUCCUGACAAUGUGCCAAAGCCAUGCUGUGCCCCAACCAAGCUCAACGCAAUAUCAGUACUUUACUUUGAUGACAGCUCAAACGUUAUCCUCAAGAAAUACAGAAAUAUGGUCGUUAGGUCUUGUGGUUGCCAUUAGCGGCUAACUUUAAUUUAUGUUAUCUGGUAUGGGAAUCGCUGGAAAACACAUCUGCUGCAGGUGUGCUGUGAUGUACAGUAUUAUGUAUAUAAAGUUUUAUUACCUAAUUUAUUUUCUUUUUUUAAAAAAAAUAGCACUGAAUAUUGUGAUAUUUAAAUGAUUAGGACAAAAAUGAUUUCACUUUAACGCCAGUUAUCUCAUAACUUUUGUGUCCGUUGGCAUAUACUCCCUCUUAGUUACGUCUGUAUAACUUUUAUGAUUAAAUUAUUCACUGGAGUCAUCAUGAUACAUAAGGUCGCCUCCCCUUCUGCUUGUUGUCCCCCUUUUCCAAUAUGAAAUGUGUGUGUUUUUUACUUCAAGGCUAAUUUUGUGAUGUGUUUGUUUCCAACAAUUAGAAAUGAUUGAUUUAGACAGAAUAAUGUCACGAAAUUCUGCUUCAAAAAUACAUUUGAUAAACAAGAGAGACCUCGAGAUGAUGCUAUGAGCGCAAACAUCACAGUCUGAACAGGCUGUAAUCAGAUUGGAUCACUGGAAAACGAAAAACAGUGAGUGUUCUCUAAUAUAAACCAAACUGCCCAAAGCUAUUUUCAAGCUGUCACCGUCUUUCAGCACUGAUACUGCCUCACCUUUUCCAUGUCAGCUAUUUUUUUUCUUUUUGUUUUGUUUUCUUUUAUAAGUGAGCGUGGUCUCAGAGGGGGAAUUGUGUCAGUCUGGAAUGAAACUCUUAUUAUGUUGAGUGUUCUCUUAUGAAUGCUUUACAGUUUAGCUCUUUUUCUUUUUCUUUUUUUUUUUUUUUUACACACAAUGUUAAUGUAAAUCCCUUCCAUAAACACUGUUCCUCUGUGUCAUAGCUGCUCCAUGCUAAUUCUAGUUCUUGUUUGGGGAAAGUAUAUCUCAAUGUAGAGUGUUGUGUAUUUUAAUAAAUGUACCACUUGAAAACCA